AUGUACAAUGGCUGGGCAAACAAAGCGGAUGAAGCCGAAACUAUCACUUGUGAUCACGGUACUUACGUCGCUGGACUGUUAGCUGGCAGCUCGUUUAGCGGUAAAUAUGCCAAUCUCGGCAUUGUCGACAAGGCACGGAUAGCAUUUAUGGACAUCGGGACCCAGAGCAAAACCUGCGCAGGUCAGCUGCAUUGUGCCGCGUCACUAGUCACACCUGCAGACGCCAGCGACUUGCUAGAGAGUCAAAUUGACGCUGGUGCCAAGAUUUUCUCAUUCUCGUGGGGCACACCUGGACGUCCUGGUGGUUCGCGCCAUUUCAUCUCCACCCGAUGUCAAAAUCGUAAUAUCGGUUGGCGUAUCGCUGAACUCUGCAGCUUCUUUCACAGACUUUGGGUGCCCUGA